AUGUCCUCGUGUGUGUUCAUACUAGAUGAACAACUCAAUCUACUCAUACUUAAGAACUUCAAGUCAAUACCAAAUCCUGAGGCUUUCGCCCUGUAUUUCAAAAAAGUUUACGACCCGAACAACGGUCCAAUAGUUUCACACAGGGGAAUUGUGUAUGUACAGGUGUGUCGAGAUGGGCUAUUUUACGUUUCAGUGGUCUUGGGAGGGUUUUCAUUCAAUGUUAUGACCAUUUUAGUGUACCUGAGUGACUUCCAUACGCUUCUAAGGAAAUACCUUCAAGUCGAGCAAGUUGACCGCACAAGCAUCGUGGACAACUUCAAUCUGAUAUAUGAGCUACUAGAUGAGAGCCAUGAUUUUGGAAUUCCUCAAUUGACCGAUUACAAUAUCAUACGCGACUUCAUCAAGAUCAAACCCAAUAUUCCUCUCAAAGACCCAGACGCUCAGUCUACUAAAAGUGACGACAGCGAUGAUGAAAGUGAGCGAACUUCUUCCAAAGUAAAGCUCAAUAAAGACAAAUCUAAUAAACAUGGGCUGCAAGACGAUGAACAAUAUAUCAAUAGUUUUAUCCUUCGUGCUACAACUCAAGCCAUUUCCUGGAGGCCUAAAGGCAUCUACUAUGCCAAAAAUGAGCUAUUUGUGGAUAUAAUGGAAUACCAAACGUAUUUAAUGGACUUCAAACGCUCUCAAGUCCGCAAAAGCUUUGUACAAGGCAAAAUCAAUUGUCGGUCGUACCUUUCUGGAAUGCCGAAGGUAAAGAUAUGUGUUAACAAAAUGCUAAAAAAUAAAGAUGUAUUCCUCGGCUCUGCAAAAUUCCACCAAUGCGUUUCUUUGGAAUCUCUCAAUAACCAAGACUACAUUGAAUUCACUCCACCAGACGGAGAGUUCCAAUUAUGCGAGUACAAAUUGAAACGGCACAUUAAUGAUUCUCCCGUAAUCAAAGUGAUAGAUUAUAAAAUUUCGAAACGCGAUAAGAAACAAAAGGUCAAGUUACAUUUAGUUGUCGAGCCUCAUUUUAAGACUCAAAAUUCCGCCACCUAUUUGAACAUUCACAUCCCAGUUCAAAGUAUAUUUCGGGAUUACAACAUCGACCUUAAAAAGCCUCCAAGAUUCAAGUGCGACUUUGGGUCUGUCGAGUUCAGCCUUACAGAGCAGAGCUUAAUAUGGAAAGCACCAGGUAUGAAAGGUGGCCAUGGUGAGGUUCAUCAUUCCAUGCAUGUUGAGUUCUUCUUGUUUGAUGAGGUCGAAGAUAAUAAAACGCGCCAAAUGCUUCAAGAUUCUAUGGAUCCCCCACCUUUACGAGAAGGUCUUCACUUAGAUGAGCUAUAUGCUCAAAUAAACGAUACUGAAAAAGACGCGGCUCGUGAUUUAAUAACUGUUGAGUACGAAGUUCCUUACUAUGCUUGCAGUGGUUUAAAAGUUGAGUACCUCAAGAUAGAAGAAGAGCAACUGCAAUAUCAGUCAUUCCCGUGGGUAAGAUACAAAACAAUCAAUGACACAGAAUACGCUUAUCAGAUCUGA